AAAUCACAAGACGCUAAGAGCGAGAGUACGUGUGUGGUUAUUGAAAAUGUUUUUGAGAGCAACAGUUUUGGCGUUUCUUCUGGUCGGUUUGGCCGCCGCCGCCUAUGAAAGAAAACCAUACCCACCUUGCGACAAGUGUGACUGCACCGGGAAUGGGUGCAAGGGGAGAUUCCCGGCGGAGGCGGCGGUGGAGUGGCCGGACUUGGUCGGGGUUGAUGAAACAAUUGCACGGGUGACCAUUGAGGAGACCAAUUCGUACGUGACGGUGGUGACGGAGAAUGAUUACAAAAAGUGCCCGUAUUUAGAGGAUAGGUGUUGCAAUCGGGUUGUUCUUUGUGUUCAGUAUCACCCCACAAAUAACGUGACCAAUGUCCCCACGGUCGGAUAGAAUUGCAAGAACUUGAUGACAUUAUAUAUACUACCACAUUUUUGUUUUACAAUUGUAAUACGUAUCACUAUACCGAUCAUGAAUUCUUUGGGGUGAAUCAGAAAAUAUAAUAAAAGUGUUAAUUCUUAAUGUACUAAAAAGAGUUGCAAUAUCUU